AUGAAUUCACCACGAAUUCAAAAGGAAUUAGCAAACGCUUGUGCUUCAGAGGUCACACUUGCCAUAGUUAAUGAUAUUGGAGAUAAAGUUUUCACUCUUUUGGUUGAUGAGGCUCGAAACAUUUCAAUGAAGGAGCAGAUGGGAGUUGUUUUAAGAUAUGUGAAUAACGAAGGAUAUGUGAUUGAGCGAUUUAUUGGAAUCGUGCAUGUAACUGACACUUUCUCUCAUACUUUGAAAUGUGCUAUUGAUGAUUUAUCGGUGAAGCAUAAUUUAUCUAUAUCUAAAGUGAGAGGGCAAGGAUACGAUAGAGCUUCUAAUAUGAGGGGUGAGUUUAAUGGAUUGAAAUCCUUAAUAUUGCAAGAAAAUCCAUAUGCCAUGUAUAUUCAUUGUUUCUCUCAUCAACUCCAAUUAAUUAUUGUUGCGGUUGCCAAGGGUAUUAGAGUUGUGAAGGAUGUUUUUAGCUAUGUCUCCAUGAUUGUGAAUAUGGUCGGGGCAUCUUGUAGAGAAAAAGACCAACUUAGGCUAGAGUUGCAACAUGACAAGAUUAGUUGA